AUGUAAUAAUACACAUUAGAUAACAUGAUGCCUAAGCAAUAUUUUGAUUAUUGCAUCAAAAAAUACGGCGCAAAUGAUUAUAAAGAGAAGGAGAUGGUCAUUGAAAUCAGUGAGCAAGCUAUGAAAGAAAUUUAAGUUUUAAAGUGGUUCCAUCAAUAGCAUAAUCGAUAAUAACCAUGA